AUGGCCCAGUACUCAGUCACGUCUACAAAGCUGUACAUGCAAGCUAUGGCUCCUAUGAUGGAGCUCUUGCUGAGCAUGAGCCUCCCGAGCGGAAGUAAGCUUCCGAAAAUCGAUAAAGAGACUCCACCUUCAGUUUCUGCGGACUCAUUCUUGCAGAAAUUCGACAACUUGGAUGUAAGCAAGAUCAGCAGACUCAAGAGUAAAUCCUCAGGAUCCUCAAUGGGCAAAGAAAUUGCCGAAGAGUGCAAAAGAGUGAGUCUAUCCCGAGGAAAAGACGAAAACGAUACCAUCACCAUCGUUCGUGGGAUCGUGAAUAGCAACAAUACCGAUGAAGAGCUUCAAUCGGCACUUUUUGAUGUUUUGGGUUUUGAGGAGUUUGAGUUGAUUUCGAAGAUUAUUCAGAACAAAGAGGAACUCAAUGAACCAGAGGAGAUGGAAACGCUAGUGGAUCCCGCCUCAUUAUCUCCAGAAGAGAGGGUGAAAUUGCUUAUAUCCAAUAGAGAGAAAAGCAAAAAGGCUCCAUUGCUACCUAAAGCAGUACAUAAAGGUCAGUAUCCGCACGUUUUCAAGAAGCCUGAUGUCGGCAACGUAAUUGCAAUCACUGGUAAGUCAUAUCUGUUACCUGAAGGCACCACGAGAGCAAGCUAUCCCACACACGAAGAGCUCAUAAUACCGUAUCCGGAGAAUACCUCAAACAAGUACAUCAAGGACUCCCAGUUGGUCAAAGUCGCUGACCUUGACUUUUUGUGCCAAGGCACUUUCUCCAAUUACAAGACACUCAAUAAAAUGCAGAGUUUGGUGUACCCAGUUGCAUAUAAUACCAACGAAAACAUGCUCGUUUGUGCACCCACCGGUGCUGGUAAGACCGAUGUGGCCUUGCUUACCAUUCUACAUACCAUUGGACAGUUUGUAUCUGAGGUCGAUGACGGUGUGAUAGACGUAGACUACAACGAGUUCAAGAUAGUGUAUGUGGCUCCGCUAAAGGCUCUUGCUGCUGAGAUCGUUGAGAAGUACGCCCAGAAGUUGAAAUGGCUCGGCAUUACAGUACGGGAGCUCACUGGGGACAUGCAGCUAAGUAAGGCCGAAAUAAUGUCUACCCAAAUUAUUGUCACAACUCCUGAAAAAUGGGAUGUGGUGACGAGAAAGCUGAGCGGCGAUGAUGACCUUGUUGCGAAAGUGAAACUACUCAUUAUAGAUGAGGUGCACUUACUUCACGAAGAUAGAGGAUCCGUCAUUGAAACUCUCGUGGCAAGAACGUUGCGCCAGGUUGAAGCCACACAACAAAUGAUCCGAGUAGUCGGCCUUUCGGCAACUUUACCAAAUUACGUGGAUGUGGCUGACUUCUUGGGUGUGAACAGAAACAUUGGUAUGUUCUUCUUUGACCAACUGUUUCGUCCUUGUCCCCUUAGACAGGAAGUUUUGGGAGCUCGAGGUAAGGCUGGCUCCAAAACUGCGAGAGAAAACAUUGAUAGGGUAUCGUACGACAGACUUCUCGAUCACAUAGCAGAAGGUCAACAAGUGAUGGUGUUCGUGCACUCAAGAAAAGAAACAAUUAAGGCAUCGAGAACGUUCAUAUCCAUGGCUCAAGCCAAAGGACACCUUGGGUAUUUUGAUGCUUCGGAUCUGUGUGACUCUUACGACAGAUUUAAAAGAGAAAUGGGAGCUAAGAACAGGAACAAAGAUAUGAGGGAGCUAUUCCAGUACGGAUUUGGCAUACAUCAUGCCGGUAUGCUUCGCUCUGAUAGAAACCUUACUGAAAAAAUGUUCUUGAGUGGUGCGAUCAAAGUUCUAUGUUGUACUGCAACGUUGGCUUGGGGUGUGAAUUUGCCAGCUGCCGUUGUUAUUAUCAAAGGGACGCAAGUGUACGAUUCAAAGCAAGGUGGUUUCGUUGACUUGGGUAUCUCAGACGUUAUCCAGAUUUUUGGUCGUGCUGGUAGGCCACAGUUUGAGAAGUUUGGUACUGGUAUUUUGUGUACGACGAGUGAUCGUCUAGACCACUAUGUGUCUUUGCUUUCACAGCAACACCCCAUCGAAUCUAAGCUUCUGGCCAAGCUCAUAGAUAACUUGAAUGCAGAAGUCUCUCGUGGUACAGUGACCACACUUGAUGAGGGUGUUCAGUGGCUCGGGUACACAUUCAUGAUGGUGAGAAUGAGACAGAAUCCGUUCGCCUACGCAAUUGAAUGGAGGGAACUCGAGGAAGACCCAACACUCACCAUGAGACGAAGGAGAAUGAUUACUGAUGCCGCCCGCAGGCUCCAUGAACUUCAAAUGAUUGUAUUUGAUGAGAAUUCUGGGGCACUAAUUCCCAAAGAUUUGGGUAGAAUAGCCUCAGAUUUCUACUUACUCAAUAACUCUGUCGAGAUCUUCAACCAGAUGAUAAAUCCAUUGGCGACUGAGGCGGACUUGUUGUCGAUGAUCAGUAUGAGCAGCGAGUUUGAUAACAUCAAGUUUAGAGAGGAAGAAAAACAAGAGUUGACAACGCUUGUUGAAAAUCUGACUCCUUGUCAGGUUGCUGGUGAGGCGGAGUCAGCUCCUUGGAAGACAAAUAUUCUUCUUCAAGCAUUUGUGUCGCAAUCUCCUCUCAAGGACUCGGCGUUGAUAUCGGACAUGAAUUACGUGGCACAGAAUUCCGCAAGAAUCUGCAGAGCUCUAUUUCUUAUUGGGAUUAACCGUCGUUGGGGUGCAUUCUCAAAGGCAAUUCUCUCUAUCUGCAAAUCUGUGGACAGGAGAAUGUGGGCAUUUGACCAUCCACUUGCUCAGUUUGAUCUUCCUCAACAUGUCUUGAAAAACAUUCGUGCAAAGAAUCCAUCUAUUGAAACGUUGCGUGAUUUAUCUGCUCCGGAGUUGGGUGACUUAGUCCACAAUGCUAGUUCAGGAAAGACCUUGUACCGUUUAUUGAGUCGCUUUCCAUAUAUUGGGAUUGACUCUGAGAUCUUUCCCAUCACCAGUAAUGUUGUCAGAAUGCAUGUGGUCUUGGAGCCUGAUUUCGUCUGGGAUGAACGUUACCAUGGGAACGCUCAGUUCUUCUGGAUCACAGUCGAGGAAUCAGAAGAUACGAAGAUUCUCCAUGUUGAGAAGUUCAUCUUGCGUCGAAAUUCGAUGAGGAAUCCACACGAACUUGACUUCAUGAUACCGCUCUCGAAUCCACCUCCAGCUCAAAUCGUAGUGAGAGUAUUAUCGGAUACCUGGAUUGGGUCUGAAUCGCUGCAGUCAGUCUCGUUCCAACAUCUUAUCAAACCUACAAAUGAGACGGUCAGAACCAACCUUCUAAGAUUACAGCCUCUUCCUAUCACUGCUUUGCAUAUUAAAAAAAUCGAGGCUGUCUAUCGGUCCAAGUUCCGUUACUUCAACCCUAUGCAAACAAUGACGUUUCAUUCGCUCUACAAUACUAAUUCAAACGUGUUUGUUGGAUCUCCUACUGGCUCAGGUAAAACGGUCGUGGCCGAAUUGGCCAUUUGGCACGCCUUUCAGGAAUUUCCAGGAUCAAAAGUGGUCUACAUCGCUCCUAUGAAGGCAUUAGUGAGAGAAAGAGUAGAGGAUUGGAGAGCUAGGAUAUGCAAGCAGACCGGUCACAAGCUUGUUGAAUUGACAGGUGACUCCUUACCAGAAGCCAGGGAGGUAAGAGAAGCCGAUAUCAUCAUCACUACACCAGAAAAAUUCGAUGGUAUAUCACGUAAUUGGCAGGCCAGACGAUUUGUGCAAGAGGUUUCAUUGGUGAUAAUGGAUGAAAUUCAUUUAUUGGCGAGUGACAGAGGUCCCAUUUUGGAGAUGAUUGUUAGUCGUAUGAACUACAUUUCGUCGCAAACGAAAAAGCCCAUUCGAUUAUUAGGUAUGUCGACAGCUGUUUCAAACGCCAUCGAUAUGGCUGGCUGGCUUCGUGUUAGAGAAGGUCUCUUCAACUUCCCACAAUCUGUUCGUCCAGUUCCAUUGCAAAUGUACAUUGACGGCUUCCCAGAUAACUUGGCCUUUUGUCCUUUGAUGAAAUCGAUGAACAAACCAGCAUUUAUGGCAAUUAAGCAGCAUUCUCCCACCAAGCCCGUGUUGAUCUUUGUUGCUUCACGUCGUCAAACAAGAUUAACUGCUCUUGACCUCAUUCAUUUGUGUGGAAUGGAGCUGAACCCUAGACGGUUUGUAAACAUGGAGGACUUGGAGCUCACAGAGGUUUUGGAGAACGUCAGGGAUGAAAAAUUGAAACUUUCCUUGCAAUUUGGUAUGGGAUUGCAUCAUGCUGGUCUUGUGGAAUCCGAUCGUCAAAUUGCACACAAACUUUUUGAGGCAGGUAAGAUACAGAUAUUGAUUGCCACGUCCACAUUAGCUUGGGGGGUUAACUUGCCAGCGCAUUUGGUAAUUAUCAAAGGUACACAAUUCUUCGACUCCAAGAUUGAAGACUACAAAGACAUGGACUUGACUGACAUCCUUCAGAUGAUGGGAAGAGCGGGACGUCCAGCUUUCGAUACCAGCGGUACUGCAAUUGUAUUUACUAAAGAGUCCAAAAAAGUGUUCUACAAGCAUUUCUUGAACAUUGGGUUCCCUGUUGAAUCAUCUCUCCACAAGGUCUUGGACAAUCACAUCGGUGCUGAAAUUGCUAGUGGUACUAUCAAGACACGCCAAGAAGCACUUGACUUUUUGACUUGGACUUUCUUAUACAGACGUGCUCAUAACAACCCAACAUACUACGGAAUAACUGACUUGAGCGAUGCGGGAAUCUCUAAGUAUUUGAGUGGCCUCAUUGAUGAGUCUAUUGAAAAUCUUAGGGAGUCUCGCUGUAUCACGUACACUGGAAAGGAUAAACUUGUGCCUACACCAUUUCUUCAAGUGUCGUCCUACUAUUAUUUGUCGCAUUACACUAUUCGGACAGUCCUUGCUAGUAUCCUGUCCAACUCGACAUUUAGGGAUUGCUUGAAGCUCUUGUGUAAAGCAACGGAAUACGAUGAGCUCGCCACAAGGCACGGUGAGGAGCUCAUCAACAUGGAGAUGUCUCAGGCCAUGCGCUAUCCUGCCGAGGAUAUGGAAUGUGAGUUUAUCUGGGACCCUCAUGUAAAGGCAUACCUAUUAAUUCAGGCCUUCAUGAGCCGUGUCGACCUUCCGAUUGCAGACUAUGCCCAGGACACUGUGUCUGUAUUGGAUCAGGCGUUGCGUAUAUUACAAGCUUACAUCGAUGUUGCCUCUGAGCUUGGCUACUUUCAAGCUGUGUUGACGUUGGUGAAGUUGAUGCAAUGUAUCAAGCAACGACUUUGGUAUGACGAGGAUCCUGUGGCAGCUUUGCCUGGUUUAUCCGUACAAACGCUCUGGAAACUGUCAAGGAUAGACCUUAAAACAAUUGGGUCUUACAAUAAGGGCCAACUCUAUAAGUUGGCAGAGAAGCUAGGCGUGGAAGACCUCGAUGAGAAGGCCAAUGUCAAGGAGUUUGUUCGGAUUGCCUCGCUUUUGCCAACUGGACAAUUUAAGGUGCAUCAAAAAACACCGGAGUCUUUAGACAUCGAGCUAGAGCAUGAUAAUCUCCCACUCAAUAAGGAUUUUAAGAUGUAUGCCCCACACUUCCCCAAACCUCAGAGAGAGUCGUGGUUCGUUAUUAUUUCAGAUACACAAAAAAACGAGCUUUUGCUAAUCAAGAGAGCAUCUCCUAAACUAUUUGGAAAGAAGGGCAAAGUUUCGUGCUCUUUAGAAAUCUUUGACGACAUGAAAGGGCAACCAGUCGUUGUAACCUGUAUCAAUGACGCCAUGGACAUCAGCUACGAAUCUACAAUUACAUUACAAUAG